AUGCUGCUAUUCGUUAUCACUAAACAUCUGAUUACUUUAACAAUACUCACAAUUUUAUUCAGUAAUCAGAUAUAUGCGCAGGUUUUUACCCUAGAAUCGUUUAAUGAUAAUUUUGUUGGCCGCAACUCAUUGAAUAAUAAUGGUAACGCGGGGUUUGGACCCGCUGCUCCUCCAGCUAAUCCAGCUAAUCAAGCUAAUCAAGCUCAACAGAAUCCUUUUCCGUGGCAAACUGCGCUUGGUGCUGGUCUCGGUUUUCUUGCAGGAACUUUGUUCAAUAGAGGCUCGUCUUCACCAGUCCAAUAUGGCUAUUACGGUUAUCCGUAUUAUCCGUACAACUAUUACUAUCGUCGUUAUCCUUACUACUAUUAUUAUUAUUAUUAUUAUGGCUAA